CAGUCAACCUCACACAUGGUCUAGGAAGUAAAGAAAUAUUCUACAAACUUCUACUCACUCGCAAGGCAAACGCAGCCAAGCGGCAGAGAACCAGGACCUUCCUUCAUCAGAAAAUCUGUCGACGCCUCGUCAUCAUGACCCCUGUAACGGCUCCUGCUGAUUCCCAACUCUUCCGAUACUCGGCUUUUCUGAAAGGCGAGCCCAAAGCACUGGGGACUGUGCAGAUCAUAAUCGGAAGCUUGACUUUCUUGUUCGGUAUUGUUUUAACCUCUCUCAUUGUCACACCCAUGGUCGUCAGUGGUAUCACUUUGUGGGGAUCUCUGGUCUUCGUUAGUUGUGGUGGUUUAUCAGUCGCUACAGCCAAAAAGCAUAAUCCAUGCAUGGUGAAAGCCUCAUUGGGAAUGAACGUGUUCAGUGCUGUGGUUGCAGGUGUCUUGAUUAUUCUCCUCUCAGUGGACAUGUUGUUUUGGCGUUUCCGCAUUGACUGGUGUGAAUAUGACUAUGACUACUCCUCUUAUCCUUAUUAUUCCUUAUACAGAUGUCAGUGGCACGUUCAAUCAAUGUGGUAUGGACUCUAUGGAGUGUUGUUGGUUUUCGCUGUGCUCGAGCUCAUCAUUUCUAUCUGCACUUCUGCUUUCGCCUGUAAAGCUACCUGCUGCUCCACAACUACACAGGUGACUACACAGGUGAUGUAUACACAACAACAACAACAACCGAUGACUCAACAGUUGAUCCAAACUUCUGCCUACAACCAAGUUCCACAACAAUCUCCUGUAAUCACCUACAAUGUUUAAAUGAUUAAAAAUGAUGUAGUUCAGGACUUUUCUGAAACUUGAAGUAUUUUUGCAGUCAAAUCCUGCUUUCUGUUUCAUCUUUGGUCUAAAAAUGACCUAAAAUUUAGUUAAAUAAAAGAAUUUCCUAUAGAAGUAAAAUACAAGAUUCAGGACAGAAGGAGCAGUUUAACUGUUGUAUGAUUGACUGUAUGAUUAACAAAUAAACAAAAAAAAUAAACUUUCUGCAUGCAA